AUGUUUCCGUAUCCUGACAGUAUACCAUGGUUUAUACAAUUUUUAGCCAAUACCUGUGGAUUAGCUCUUUGUAGCGGUGCUGUCGAAAAGCCUUCAAAAUAUGGAAUGGAAUACGAUGACAUAACACUAAAGACAGUUGAUAACGUUCGUUUAAAAGCGUAUAUAUGCAAGCAAGUGCCUGAUGAAGUGGCCAGGAAUUCACCAACCCUUCUUUUCUACCACGCCAAUGCAGGAAACAUGGGACAUCGUUUACCAAUAGCGCAAGUGUUUUACAAGAGGUUCAAGUGGAACGUAGCGAUGCUUUCCUAUAGAGGCUAUGGUCUAAGUGAAGGCAGUCCGAAUGAAGAAGGAAUGCGUAUAGAUGCUCAGACGAUGCUAGACUAUGUGAAAAACGACGAUAUUCUUAAAGAUACUAGAAUUAUAGCGUUUGGUCAGUCUAUUGGCGGAGCUGUCGCAAUUGAUCUAGUCUCUCGUAAUGAAGAUAAGGCAUGUCCACGCACUGAUCAUAGAGAACACAUUCCUGAGUAUUUCUGGUCAUCCGAAACGGCAAUAACGAAAAUUAAAUAUGUCCCAAUCUUGUUUCUAUCCGGUUCACGAGACGGCCUUGUCCCGCCUCAACAUAUGAAGACUUUAUACGAGCUAGCGCAGACCCGCAAACGGUGGAGACCGUUUCUGCGCGGAGAACACAACGAUACAGCAUUCCAACCUGGUUAUUAUGACACGAUAGAAGAUUUUGCAGAAACAUUUUGUAACAUUAUAAUUGAACGGGAUGAAAAGGAAAAUGUGGUUGAAAAGAUUGCAAGGAUGAAAGAGUUUAUUGAGAUGACAUAA